UUGGGCGAUUAAUUUUUCUGCUUCGGACAUCUCAAUAACUCCAACUCAAUCCGGCCAAAUUAUUCGAUCAUCUUCCCCUUCGGCAUCAUUCCAAAUCCUGCCGGCUUCUGGACGAUGGAAUCAUCACAACUUCUUUUCCAGGUUUCUGUACAGGAAUAUCCCCAUUAUACAUCCCUCAAUGUCGCCAUUAUUUCAUUACUAUGCUGCCUAGCUUUCACCGAAACUUUGAUUCGCAUCAAACGGUGGACGAUUUCGCGAUUCACGACGGAUGGGGUGUGUUCAGUCAAAUUCCUUCGAGUACUCGCCAACUACUGGCGCUCGGAAGUUUAAUGUGGAACGUCACUACGUCGCCGGAGGGAAUCGGAGGAGCUCCGUCGAUCGGAAUCCGUCCGGUAAGGUAGGGAGAACCUCGGGUGUUGUGAAUGAUGGCGGAGUUAGAAAAGUCGUUUUUGUCGAAAAGAAGAUGGAGAAGAGUGGUGAUAUUGGUAAUGUUUCGAGGAGGAUGAAUGUGCCUGAGAUUGUCGGAGGAGAAGAGCUUGUGGAUGGUUGGCCGAAGUGGCUGGUUGAAAAUAUUUCUAGAGAAGCUUUGGCAGGUUUGGUUCCCAAAAGUGCCGAUUCCUAUGACAAAUUGGCUAAGGUAGGUCGGGGGACAUACAGCAAUGUGUAUAAAGCUCGAGACAGGGACACAGGAAAGAUUGUUGCUUUGAAAAAAGUUCGAUUUGACACAUCGGAUUCUGAUAGUAUCAAAUUCAUGGCAAGGGAAAUCACGAUGUUGCAGAAGCUGGAUCAUCCCAAUAUCAUCAAGCUUGAAGGAAUAGUCACAUCAAGAAUGCCUUACAGCCUUUAUCUUGUUUUUGAUUUUAUGCUGUCUGACUUAACUGGAAUAAUCUCUCGUUUCGGCAAGAAGCUCAAUGAAGCUCAGGUGAAGGCCUAUAUGCAGCAACUACUAUCUGGUCUUCAGCAUUGCCAUGACAGGGGAAUUUUACACCGAGAUAUUAAACCUUCCAACUUGCUCAUUGAUAAAAGUGGGACGCUAAAAAUUGCAGAUUUUGGGCUAGCCAAUCAUUUCAUUCCUAAAAGAAGACGUCCCCUUACAAACCGAGUUGUGACACUCUGGUAUAGAGCUCCAGAAUUGCUGUUAGGUUCUACAGAUUAUGGAGUUGGUAUUGAUCUGUGGAGUGCAGGUUGUCUUCUAGCCGAGAUGUUUAUUGGAAAGCCAAUUUUGCCUGGGAGGACAGAGGUCGAACAACUUCAUAGAAUCUUUAAGCUUUGUGGUUCACCAGCCAAGGAUUACUGGGAAAAAAUGAAGUUACCUGCAAGCUUCUGUCCACCACAAAAUUAUCAACCUGGUUUCCCAGAGGCUUUCUCAGGAUUUUCUACACCUUCAUUUCGCUUCUUAACUACACUUCUCUCGUUAGACCCAGCACGUCGUGGUACUGCAUCGUCUGCUCUUCAAAGUGAAUUCUUCAGUUCAUAUCCAGUGGCAUGUCAACUCUCAGAUCUACCAGUGAUUUACCACAUCGAGGAUGAGCCAGCUAAAAACAGAAAUAGGAAGAAGCACAAGAGCUCAAGAAGGAUGCACUCAUCUCAGACACGUCUUGAAUCUCAGCAAGUAGCUAACGCAAUCAAAACUAGAGACUCCGAAUCUUUGAAAGAGGAGAAUAGUUCACAUCCAAGCACUUAUAGCCGUGGGACGGGGAGCACGUCAAGCAGCGUUUCCUCAAGUUUUAAAUUUAAGCACGUAAAGAACAUGGAGAUGUCCCUUUCUCCAAAUCUUGAAUCACAUGGGAAAAGAUCCCCUAAAACCGAGGGUCAUCCUAAUGCCGUUAAGAACAUAAAAAACCCAAACCUCUUGCAGGCUUCUACCCUCUUGCAGGCCUCCAUCACAGACAUCAUCAACCCCAAAGAAGGCAGUGCACUUGCUUACUAUCAAAGGUCACUUUCUACCCUGGAUCUUCGCAGCCUUUAUCUUGAUAAGCAAUCAAUGCACCAUUAGACAGAUAAAGAAUAGUAGUCUAUUGAAUACCAAACGCAGCCUUUAUUUCAUGCUCAUUUGCAUACUAAACUGUCUUCUUUCCCUUCUUUGGGAGAGAUUGGGGAUGUGGGUGGGAGGUGUCCUCAAGUUACUCGUUUAAUUUGUUACUUAUUAGCCAAAAUCAUAAUAUUCAGUUUUUUACCCCAAAAGUCAUUGGGUAUAUGUUAAUUUAUUUUACUGUUCGACUGUUCAGACAUUCUGAAAUGGUGCCUUCAUUUAUUUAUUUAAACUCCUGCCAUCCUGCUGUAAGAUGGAGGACGAACGCUGAUUUGGAUUCCUUUAGAGAAAAAAAAUGCAAUUGUUUCUUUUAUUUAUGUUUGGCUUCCGAUGAAGUU